AUGACCGUUACCAGCAGAGAAAAAGCGGAAGAGACUGAAUUGGUGAAAAUGUUGUGCGAUGACACCGCUCAGUUUCGAAUGAGGUAUUUUGAAAAGGUAAAUGCGAACCAUCCGUUUCUUCUAAACUUUUCUUAUCUUUCAGCUCAGAGCAGGUUGGAAAUCGCUCAACUUGGAAGAGGAAAAGCCGAUGCUUCAUUAUCUGUACCGCAUCUUUUUUACAAUAAAAAGUGAGCAAGAGAAAAAGAUAUUCGAAUGGCACAACUUCUUCGAUAUUCAUCACGAUGUGAGUUUCCAGUUUUUUCUCUUCAUCACAUACCUCAUCGCUUUCUCACAUUCAGUUCCCGAUGCGUGCUCAUCUGGAUAACGGAGAAGACCACAGAAAGUGUGCAACGAUGGCAGAUAUUGUUGGAUGGUUCAAGAGGUCGGAGAAGGAAAGAGACUUGUUGCGUCAGAUUGGCAAAGCUCCGAAACUCAUUUACUGUAUUGGCCGGCAAACGAACCACGAGCAAGGCUAUCUGAACCAGGUCGAUCACACUGUUGAGUAAGCAAACGGUUCCUUUGUGUCGAUACUACCUGUUUUUCCAGAAAUCCUCUCAACGUUGCCGCUGUGAUCCGGCCGGUCAGCUCGAUAGCUGCCAAGUGCUUAGGAAUGUCAAAACUUGACACCGCAGACGUGACUGUUUUCAAGUAUGGUUUCAAGAUCUAGAGAACGUCUGGUUGGAAACCCUUUUCCAGUGAUCCAAGCCGGCUCCUCAGUGCAAAAAGUGCAAUUUCCCUUCCCCUCCGUCAUUCCGCCUCAGCUCUCCUGUUUCCCGUUACCGAUAUGCUGGAGAGACAGUUCAAAAAAGAUUUUGAGAGCUGGAAGACUCAUUUGCCGCGCACACUUGAUGAUCCUUCUGUUCCGAUCAAAGGAGGAUCGUUUGAUAAAACGUAGCGAUCGAAUUUUUGACUGGAAAAAACUGGAACCACUUGUAAACUUUCAGACCUCGGCGGAAAAAUGGAGUGACGGAAAUGCCGGUUUUGUUACCGAGAAAAGUGGCGGGACACUGGAGAUACGGUAAAAGUAGUCUUGCCCAGUUCACAUCAGUUUUCAAGCGCAUUUCAGAGAAACUGCUCACUUCGGAAGUAUGGAAAAAAGUGGACGAUGAGACCAAGGCAACUCUUCUCGAGAACCAAAUCCGACAACGGUUCCUUCUGUUUGACGAUGUAUGUAUCUAAAACUAGUACAACAUGAAGAAAUGCAUCCAGCGGUUUCAGAUCAUCAGCGGCUGGAAGACAGCAAAAGAGCAAAAUGAGAAUCUGUCCGAAUGGCUCUACAGGGACGUCGUCGCUCCUCUGCACACCCGCCGCUUUUCGACCUUUGAGUACUAUCACUUUGUUCCGUCUCAUUCCUACUCUAUUUCAACAAAAUGUGAGUUAUCCUGUUCUCUUUUUUUCGGAAAACCUCUCAAUUUCAGCCUUCUACCCGUUCUAG